AAUGGAAGAAAACCAAAUAUUACCCCGUAUUUGUAUAUUAACUAAAUCCGCAGGAGUUAAUGAAUAUGGAUUUGAUUUACAUGCGGAAAUGGGAAAGGGACAAUUUGUUGGGGCUGUGGAUGUUGGAAGUCCGGCAGAGAUAUCUGGUCUACGCCCCUUAGAUCACAUUUUGGCGGUAAAUGGUGAAUCUAUUGAAGGGUUAUCUCACAAAGAGGUUGUCCAACGCAUUAAAUCAAGCUCUAAGGGCUGUUCUUUGCUUGUGUUGGAUGAGGAAGGGUAUAUUUGGGCCAAGGAAAACAAUUUGUCUGCAGAAUAUUUACUUCAGCAACUUAACACAAUUUCAGGGAAUGUUGUAGAACAACAGCGUCAACAACCAUUUCCUAGAGAGCCAAAUCAAUUUAUAGAAGGUGGUCAAAUAUCGCAAAUAAGUCCACCUUAUAGGGUAGGUAUUUAA